GAGGUCAGCCGCCUUUCCUUUAUAAAUGUCAGAAACCACUUCUGUACUUGUCUGUUUGACUGUUUUCUUUCUCUUUGAAGCUCAGCUGUAUUUGCUACCACUGUCACACAAUGUUUCCCAAUGCGUCUCUUCGCGUCUCUUCCAAGAAAGACGAGGCAACCACAGUGGACAUUGACGCCAUCAUGGACAACGUCUCCAUUGUCCUCUACACACUGACCGUCGUGCUCGGCAUCACAGGGAACUCAGUGGUGAUCUGGGUGGCCGGAUUCAAGCUCAAGCCAAAGGUCACCAACGUGUGGCUGGUGAAUCUCGCCAUAGCGGACCUGAUCUUCUGCUUCACGCGGGUUUUCUCCCUGACGAAGAAGCUUUUCUUCGACCACUGGCCCUUCGGCAUCUUCCUCUGCAAGUUCAACGGCUUCUUCAAAUAUGCCAACAUGUUCUGCUCCGUGUUCUUGUUGGCUGUGAUCAGUUUGGACCGAGCGCUCUGCAUCUGGCAGCCUGUCUUCACCAAGCGACGACGCACCCUGUGGGCCGCGAGGGUGGUGGCUGCCUGCGUCUGGGCCGUUGCGAUCAUCUUCAGCACUCCGUACUUCAUCUACCGCCAAGUGUACCUGGGGAAGAACAACCUGAGUAAAUGCUCUCUGGAUGUGAAGGAGGCGGCGCAGGGGGACAACACUGCAAAACUGGCUCUCUACUCCAUCCGCUUCCUGUGUGGCUUCUUGUUGCCCUUCAUGGUCAUCCUCAUCUGCUACAUCCUGGCCGGGGUUGGCAUUCGGCGCACCCGCCUGUCCGGGAAGUCUCGCCCCCUACGUAUAUUAGCAUCGUUAGUCGUGGCAUUCUUCCUGUGCUGGGCGCCGUACCACUGCCUCCUACUGGUGAAGAUGGUGGAUAGUAAGAACAUAGUGGUGAAGAUCUGGCACCCUAUAGCGUCGGGCAUCGCCUACUUUAACAGCUGUGUGAACCCGCUGUUGUACUUCUGCAUGGGGCUGGAUGUGCGGGGGCGGUUCAGGCAGAGUCUGGCGGGGGUGUACAAGAGAGCUCUGGCGGACGACGUGGACGGACCGACGACUCAGUCCAAUGAACGCUCUCUGGAUGACAGCACUGUGUCGAAACCGAGUACGGUUGCGGCGGCAGGAAGGAGUCAGACAGCAGUGGAUGUAGCUAAGGUUUGAGCCUCUAGCUGAGUUUCAUGAACACAUCUGUAAGCAUUUAAGGACCGUACUGGUGUUUUUUUUAUGUUUUAACUCAUCAAAGUCACAGUAAAAUGAUUGGGCGGCUCAAAAUCAUUCAGGUAACUCUUUCACACCCUGGAGAUUGUAAGGUGUUAGCUGUAAACGCUGUUGUGCAUUGCACCUAUAUUGCAUGUUCAUAUUCAUAAACAAAUUCAUAGCAAUAGUUCCAGUGGUGGCAGAUCGGGGUAUGUACAGUGGGAGGUAGUAAAAGGGCAAACUGGUUUCUUUCAUCUGAGGUGUGAAAUUUCCAUGAGGUGCAAACGUUGAUGAGAUCUGAAACUUGAGAUGCAUAUUCCAUCGCAAUAGCAUCACAAAUAUCAAGAUGUGGGUCAAAGUUAAUUGGUAAUGCAGUUGCAGGCAGGGAAAAUCUAGUAAAGAAUGCUAAAUGAGGGUAAAACUUCUUUAAGCAGCCUAGUUGUGAUGGGGUCUAAGAGACGGCUUAGUGGCUUUAAUGAAGAAAAAACUGAAGUUGGUUGGAGAAGGUCAGUGGGAGAAGAGCAGUCUGAGGUUGUACAGCUGUUGUUUGAAAAUAAAUUGGUACCUUAAGAGGGCAGGAGGUGAUGAAUUUUGUCUUUAAUAGUUAUUAUUUAAUCAUUAAAGAAGCUCAUGAAGUCUUUGCUGAGGGAAUACAUGGCUCAGUAGAGCUGUGACUCUGGUUGUUCUUUAUGCUUUAAGAUGUCUUGCCAGACUAAACAGGAUUCUUCUAGCUUUCAAAUGUUUGUGCUUUUUGCUUUAAUUCAGGGUUUUAGGGAUUAUAUCAUUGGGGGCUUUGUUUUAUCAUCUUUUUAAGAGGGGUGAAACAGUCAGUUGUCAUUCGCAGUGAACUUGCAGCAUUAUCAACAAUUCUAUCUAUUUGUACUUUAUUGGCAAAGACAUGUAAAACCACUGGUAUGGUCCUUGAAGAUGUGAGAGAAUAUUUUUUCUAUUGUAUGUAAAAACUACUGUAAGUCUUCUCAGACUGCAGUACAUUCUUGCAUGCAAGAUCAUCCCCAAGCUAAGCAAGUUACUAAGUGUUUUGGAGAUAUUUAUUCAAUGUGGUUUUGUUUUAUGUUUGUCUUUAUUUGUCCAAACUGAUCUGAUCUUGCAGUGAAGAGACUGAUUGAAUAAAUGUUCUCAAACUGUUACAUGUUGAUAUACUGGGAUCAGAGUCACAAGUCUUUAUGUUUCAUGUGAUUGGAGUCACAGAUGAAAAGUGGAACUGUGAUAAGUCUGGAGGAACAGCGAGAAAGGCAGAGGGAAGUGAGACUAUAAAAGGAACGCCUGUAAUGGCUUAAGUCAUGACACUGUCUGGUGUUCAGGGGUCAAACUGAAGAAUAGAAGAAUCAAAACUGAACAGUAACCACUCCAUUUCAAAUAAUCUGUCACUUGGUUUCUAUGCAUAUUUUCGGUUUCUACCAUCAGAAAUGCUCGAAAGGGUCUCGACAGCUAUGAGUGUAACUGUAACCUUAGUACAGAAGAGGGAACAGAGUUUUAUGGCACACAUGGAUAAUAAAAAGAAGCCUAUAAGCUGGUCAACCAGUGCAAUGAACAUCAUUUCUUAGCAACCAGCUCAUAUAACACAGCUGCUGCUUUGUAGAUUACAUACACAUCAGUAGGAUUCACGUCUGUGCAAUCAGACUGUUUAUCCUGAAUCACAGUUCUGGUAAAAAAGUAGGUUUUAUGGUAUUUUGUUCAGCAG